GCGCGUUGGUGGGGGAAGGGGGCGCUAGUGAAGCGCAAUGGCGGCUUCAGGCUGUGCCUAACCAUACAAUCACACAAGAACGGUGUGGGGGGAGAGAGAGAGAGAGAGGGGAAAAACGGAACAGGCUGAGCGGCUCUUUGUUUCUAGCUAACUUAGCUAGCUGAAGAAAAGUGGGGGAGUUACCGGCGAAACCUGACUUCACACAAUAACAGUGCAUUUUUUCCCCUCUUGUUCCUCCUGGCUCUGCUGAGAGAUGUCCACUCCGGACCCCCCCAUGGGAGGGACCCCUCGGCCCGGCCCUUCUCCAGGCCCUGGUCCAUCUCCAGGAGCCAUGCUGGGUCCAAGCCCAGGACCUUCACCUGGCUCUGCUCAUGGUAUGAUGGGCCCCAGCCCAGGUCCACCACCUACAGGACACAACCUACCUCCUCAGGGCCCCUCAGGAUACCCGCAGGAAAAUAUGCAUCAGAUGCACAAGCCUAUGGAGGGCAUGCAUGAGAAGGGCAUGCCAGAUGACCCUCGCUACGGCCAGAUGAAGGGCAUGGGCAUGAGACAGGGUGCCCACGGUGGUAUGGGACCACCACCCAGCCCCAUGGACCAACAUUCUCAAGGUUAUCCCUCUCCUCUUGGUAGCUCUGAACAUGCUCCCAGUCCCGUGCCUGCUAAUGGCCCUCCCUCUGGCCCGAUGAUGCCAUCUGGCCCUGGUGGUGUGCCCAUGGAGGGCGGUGACCCUCAGGCUAUGAGCCAGCAAAAUCGAGGUGGAGGUGCUGCACCGGGUCCAGGCACAGGGCCUAACGGUGGACCUGCAGGUCCUAGUGGCCCGGGCGGCACUGGAGGACCCACACCAUUCAACCAGAACCAGCUCCACCAGCUUCGCGCACAGAUCAUGGCAUACAAGAUGCUGGCUCGUGGGCAGCCUUUGCCUGACCACCUGCAGAUGGCCGUGCAGGGAAAACGGCCAAUGCCAGGAAUGCAGCCAGGGAUGCCCAAUAUGCCCCCUGCUUCAGGACCUGGAGCUGGGCCUCCUGGACCUGGAGGCCCUGGCCCAGCUGGCCCCAAUUACAACAGACCACAUGGAAUGGUAGGACCGAAUAUGCCUCCUCCAGGACCAUCUGGAGUUCCCCCAGGUAUGCAGGGACAGCCCCCCAAUGGACCACCCAAAUCAUGGCCUGAAGGGCCCAUGGUGAAUGCUGCUGCUCCAGCCAGUGCUCCUCAGAAGUUAAUUCCAACCCAGCCUACCGGUCGCCCCUCUCCUGCCCCACCCUCUGUACCUCCAGCUGCUUCUCCUGUCAUGCCCCCUCAGACCCAGUCUCCAGGCCAACCAGCCCAGCCACCUCCCAUGAUGCUCCAUCCAAAACAGAACCGAAUCACGCCUAUCCAGAAACCACGUGGCCUUGAUCCUGUGGAGAUUCUCCAGGAGAGAGAGUACAGACUGCAAGCUCGUAUAGCCCAUCGUAUCCAAGAGCUGGAGAAUCUUCCUGGCUCUCUAGCAGGAGACCUGAGGACCAAAGCCAACAUUGAGCUGAAGGCCCUGAGGCUUCUUAACUUUCAGAGACAGCUGCGGCAGGAGGUGGUAGUGUGUAUGCGGCGUGACACAGCCUUAGAGACAGCACUCAAUGCCAAAGCCUACAAACGCAGCAAGAGACAGUCCCUGCGUGAGGCUCGUAUCACAGAGAAACUGGAGAAGCAGCAGAAGAUCGAGCAAGAGCGCAAACGUCGUCAAAAGCACCAGGAAUAUCUCAACAGUAUCCUCCAGCAUGCUAAAGACUUUAAAGAGUACCAUCGCUCCAUCACAGGAAAGAUCCAGAAGCUUACCAAAGCUGUGGCCACCUACCAUGCCAACACAGAGCGUGAGCAGAAAAAAGAGAAUGAGCGCAUUGAGAAGGAGAGAAUGCGGAGGCUGAUGGCAGAAGAUGAGGAGGGUUACAGGAAGCUGAUUGAUCAGAAGAAAGACAAGCGUCUGGCCUACCUGCUACAGCAGACAGAUGAGUAUGUGGCCAAUCUCACAGAGCUUGUGCGUGCCCAUAAGGCUGUUCAGGCCCUCAAGGAGAAAAAGAAGAAGAAGAAAAAGAAGAAGGCAGACAAUGGUGAGGGUGGCGCUCCAGCACUGGGCCCAGAUGGAGAGCCUCUGGAUGAGACCAGUCAGAUGAGUGAUCUCCCAGUGAAAGUCAUUCAUGUGGACAGUGGCAAGAUUCUAACUGGUGUGGAUGCUCCUAAAGCAAACCAGCUGGAGGCCUGGCUGGAGAUGAACCCUGGGUAUGAAGUGGCACCACGGUCUGAUAGUGAAGACAGUGGCUCAGAUGAAGAAGAGGAAGAGGAAGAAGAGCAGCCGCAUCCAUCCCAGCUCCCAGCAGAAGAGAAGAAGAAAAUUCCAGAUCCUGACAGUGAGGACGUGUCUGAGGUUGAUGCCCGUCACAUUAUUGAUCAUGCUAAGCAGGAUGUGGACGAUGAGUAUGGCCAUGCUCAGUUUGCUGUGGGCCUGCAGUCCUACUACGCUGUGGCACACGCUGUCACUGAGAAAGUGGAGAGACAGUCCUCUCUCCUGGUUAAUGGGACACUCAAACAGUACCAGAUUAAAGGUCUGGAGUGGCUUGUGUCUCUGUUUAAUAAUAAUCUAAAUGGCAUUCUUGCGGAUGAGAUGGGCUUGGGAAAGACUAUCCAGACCAUCGCACUCAUUACCUACCUCAUGGAGUACAAACGUCUUAAUGGCCCCUUCCUCAUAAUCGUACCCCUCUCGACUCUGUCCAACUGGGUGUAUGAGUUUGAUAAAUGGGCUCCAUCUGUGGUCAAAGUCUCCUAUAAGGGCUCUCCUGCUGCUCGCCGGUCCUUUGUUCCCAUUCUACGCAGUGGCAAAUUCAAUGUGCUUCUUACUACCUAUGAGUACAUCAUCAAAGAUAAGCAAGUGCUGGCCAAGAUCCGCUGGAAGUACAUGAUUGUAGAUGAGGGUCACCGUAUGAAGAAUCACCACUGUAAGCUGACUCAGGUUCUAAACACACACUACCUGGCUCCCAGGCGCCUGCUACUCACAGGCACGCCACUGCAGAACAAACUGCCUGAGCUCUGGGCCCUGCUCAACUUCCUGCUGCCCACAAUCUUCAAAAGCUGCAGCACCUUUGAGCAGUGGUUCAAUGCACCAUUUGCCAUGACUGGUGAAAAGGUCGACCUCAAUGAGGAAGAGACCAUUCUGAUCAUUCGGCGUCUGCACAAAGUGCUUCGCCCAUUCCUGCUCAGGAGGCUCAAGAAAGAAGUCGAGGCCCAGCUGCCUGAGAAGGUUGAGUAUGUGAUCAAGUGUGACAUGUCAGCACUGCAGAGAGUACUGUACAGGCACAUGCAAGCUAAAGGAGUCCUGCUUACUGAUGGCUCUGAGAAAGACAAGAAGGGUAAAGGUGGAACUAAGACACUGAUGAACACAAUCAUGCAGCUGCGGAAGAUCUGUAAUCACCCAUACAUGUUUCAGCAUAUUGAGGAGUCCUUCUCUGAGCACCUGGGCUUUACCGGAGGCAUUGUUCAAGGGCCAGACUUGUAUCGAGCCUCCGGAAAGUUUGAGCUUCUGGACCGCAUUCUUCCCAAGCUGCGUGCAACCAACCACAAAGUGCUGCUCUUCUGUCAGAUGACUUCGCUCAUGACCAUCAUGGAGGACUAUUUUGCCUACCGUAAUUUUAAGUACUUGCGUCUGGAUGGAACCACUAAGGCUGAGGACCGUGGCAUGCUGCUUAAGAACUUUAAUGACCCUGCCUUUCAAUACUUUGUGUUCCUGCUGAGUACCAGAGCUGGUGGCCUGGGACUAAACCUGCAAUCUGCUGACACUGUCAUCAUUUUUGAUAGUGACUGGAAUCCUCAUCAGGACUUGCAAGCUCAGGAUCGUGCUCAUCGCAUUGGGCAGCAGAACGAGGUGCGUGUGCUGCGUCUCUGCACUGUCAACAGCGUUGAAGAGAAGAUCCUGGCCGCUGCCAAGUACAAAUUAAACGUGGACCAGAAGGUCAUCCAGGCCGGUAUGUUCGACCAGAAAUCCUCCAGCCACGAGCGCAGAGCAUUCCUGCAGGCCAUCCUGGAGCAUGAGGAACAGGAUGAGGAAGAGGAUGAGGUACCUGACGAUGAGACUGUCAAUCAAAUGAUUGCCAGGAGCGAGGAGGAGUUUGAUCACUUUAUGCGCAUGGAUCUAGACCGGCGCCGUGAAGAGGCCCGGAACCCUAAGCGCAAGCCUCGUCUGAUGGAGGAAGAUGAGCUCCCCACCUGGAUUAUGAAGGACGAUGCAGAGGUAGAAAGACUCACCUGUGAGGAAGAAGAGGAGAAGAUGUUUGGCCGUGGAUCACGGCAAAGAAAAGAGGUGGACUACAGUGACUCGCUUACUGAGAAACAAUGGCUCAAGGCUAUAGAGGAAGGCACACUGGAGGAGAUUGAAGAAGAAGUACGGCAUAAGAAGACGACCCGGAAGAGGAAGCGAGACCGUGACCUAGACCUCCCAGGCCCAGCCACGCCCAGCUCCAGUGGGCGAGGCAGAGAUAAGGAUGACGACAGUAAGAAGCAAAAGAAGAGGGGCCGUCCCCCUGCUGAGAAACUCUCUCCCAACCCACCAUCCCUCACCAAGAAGAUGAAGAAAAUUGUUGAUGCUGUCAUCAAGUAUAAGGACAACAGUGGUAGGCAGCUGAGCGAGGUCUUUAUCCAGCUUCCUUCUCGCAAGGAGCUGCCCGAGUAUUAUGAGCUUAUCCGCAAACCUGUGGACUUCCGCAAGAUCAAGGAACGCAUAAGGAUCCAUAAAUACCGCAGUCUGAAUGACUUGGAGAAAGAUGUCAUGCUGCUCUGCCAGAACGCUCAGACCUUCAACCUGGAGGGGUCACUGAUCUAUGAGGACUCCAUUGUGCUCCAGUCUGUGUUCACAAGCGUGCGGCAGAAGAUUGAAAAGGAGGAGGACAGUGACGGAGAGGAGAGUGAGGAAGAGGAAGAGGAGGCAGAUGAAGGCUCAGAGUCUGAAUCGCGCUCUGUAAAAGUGAAGAUCAAGCUGAGCCGUAAAGAGAAAGCUCUUGAGAGAGGGAAAGGCAGACGGCGCACUGGACGAGGCUCACGACCUAAACCGGUAGUAAGCGAUGAUGACAGCGAAGAGGAGCAGGAAGAGGAGCACUCUGCUAGUGGAAGUGAGGAAGAUUAAGCCUUCAACCGGACCAAACCAUCCUUUCUCUCUGAUCUGAUCUAGACAUCAUUUUUCACUUUAGCGUUACAGGACCAACUCCAUGUGAAGGACCUAGUUAUACCUUAGAUGAAUUUUGAGUGACACAUCAAAUCCAAACAGAUUAACUGAAACAUUGUGCAGGUUUGUGCAGACAGUCCACAAUUAAGUGUUUUUAAUGGAUGGUCCAUGUAAACAAAGUGAUGCAGUGCAGCUUUAAUGGUGCUGGCUCAGACGAUUAAAACCAAGAAAAAAAAAACACUUUAAUAUUUAAACAGGCAUUCCCGGUUUAUAUAUAGUAGGAAUGUAUUUGUCUCUUUCCUUUAUAUUGGUUUUUUUUCUUCUUUAUGAAAGUGAUGUGAACAGUAGCGUGGCUAGCUGACAGACUGUGGACUAUCAGGAAAAUUUACUUGACCAUUUUUAGGUGAAAUUAUUGUUUUCCUGUAAUUUCAUGUCUUUGUGAGCAGUGUACAGUAGUCACUGGCUUUUGUGGAUUUUUUUUUAAGCCUCUCCAGAGUGCAUGUUGUGAGUCUGUUAAGGAACAAGGUGUAUGGGUUGUUUUGCCAUUAUUCUCUUUUACUUUGAUUUUUCCUGUCUUGCAAUUUCUUUCCUAUGGUUAAUUUAAGAAUAUUAGCAGGAUUAUGGUACUUCCUCCCUUGUUGAGCUCCAGUUGGCUAAAAGGAGGAGUAGCGCUUAGGACUCAGUACUGUGUCAGUGUCACUGGAUUCCCAAGACUAUAAUAAAGGCAUCUUACAACUAA